AAAAAAAAAAAAAAAAGGGAAAAUAAAAUUCCGGACACCCAUUAAUCCAAAAGAAUUGGCGCGCUCUAACCCACCAAAAAGUCUCUCACUCUUUUAGGGUUUUACAAAAUCCACCGCUAAACCCUACAAAUUUUUUCACUCUCAAUGGCUCUCACCUCCACUCUUCGCUUCUCUUCUUUCCUCCGCCACAACCUCUUCCUCUCCCCUUCUCGCGUCUCCAUCCUCCGCCGUAACGCCUCCCACCUCCGGUUUCUCUCAUCCUCCCGUGCUCGCUCCUUCCCCCACCCCGUCAAAGCAAGGGGCAGUGGGGGGCAAGGCGACGAGAGUGGGGAAGGAAAUGGAAGCUUGACGGCCGUUGUCAAAGAUGGCAGCGGCGGUGGCCGAGAUGGGCGGGUGGUUCCGGCCGAACUCCACAAGGAGGCUACAGAAUCAUAUAUGGCUUACGCAUUAUCCGUGUUGCUUGGACGGGCUUUGCCUGAUGUUAGGGAUGGUUUGAAGCCAGUGCAUAGGAGGAUCUUAUUCGCAAUGCAUGAAUUAGGUCUUUCAUCUAGAAAACCAUUCAAGAAAUGUGCUAGAGUUGUUGGAGAGGUCCUAGGUAAGUUUCAUCCUCAUGGAGAUACAGCGGUUUAUGAUUCCAUGGUGCGAAUGGCACAGGAUUUUUCCUUGAGAUUCCCACUUAUCCAAGGACAUGGAAAUUUUGGUUCAAUUGAUGCAGAUCCUCCUGCUGCCAUGCGCUACACUGAGUGCAGACUUGAAGCACUCACAGAAGCAAUCUUGUUGGCAGAUCUGGAGCAAGAUACGGUUGAUUUUGUUCCAAACUUUGAUAGUUCAUACAAAGAACCAUCACUUCUGCCUGCUAGACUACCAACAUUAUUGUUGAAUGGUUCCUCUGGAAUUGCGGUUGGCAUGGCAACUAACAUUCCUCCUCAUAAUCUUGGAGAGUUGGUAGAUGUGCUCUGCGCAUUAAUUCAUAAUCCAGAGGCCUCAUUACAAGAAUUGUUGGAAUAUAUGCCUGGACCUGAUUUUCCAACUGGAGGGUUAAUAAUGGGAAAUCUUGGGAUCUUAGAAGCAUAUCAAACUGGGCGAGGGCGUAUUGUAGUCAGAGGAAAGGCUGACAUUGAAUGGCUUGACUCUAAAACUAAGAGAAGUGUAGUUAUUAUUAAAGAGAUUCCUUAUCAGACAAACAAAUCCUCGCUUGUUGAGAAGAUUGCUGAACUUGUUGAGAAUAAGAGUCUAGAGGGUAUCAAUGAUAUUCGUGAUGAGAGUGAUCGCUCUGGAAUGCGUGUGGUCAUCGAGCUUAAAAGGGGAGCUGACCCAUCUAUUAUUCUGAAUAAUCUUUAUCGGCUAACUGCUCUUCAGUCUAGUUUUAGCUGCAAUAUGGUGGGUAUUCUUGAUGGACAGCCAAAGCAGAUGGGUCUGAAAGAGUUGCUUCAGGCAUUCUUAGAAUUUAGAUGCUCUGUUGUUGACAGACGUGCAAGGUACAAGCUUUCACAAGCCCAGGAUAGAAGGCAUAUUGUCGAGGGUAUUGUGGUAGGGCUUGAUAAUUUGGAUAGAGUGAUUGAUAUAAUCAAAAAGGCUUCAAGCAAUGCAGCUGCUUCAGCUGGCCUAAGGAAUGAAUUCAAUCUUUCUGACAAACAAGCUGAGGCAAUAUUGGAUAUAAACUUAAGACGACUUAACCUUCUUGAGCGCAAAAAGUUUAUUGAUGAAAGUAAAUCAUUAAUGGAACAAAUUUCAAAGCUAACUGAACUAUUAUCAAGCCGGAAAAAUAUAUUGCAGUUAAUAGAACAAGAAGCAAUUGAGCUAAAGAACAAGUUUUCUAAUCCAAGACGUUCAAUAUUGGAGGAUUCAGAUGGCGGCCAACUUGAGGACAUAGAUGUUAUUCCAAAUGAAGAGAUGCUACUGGCAUUCAGUGAAAAAGGUUAUGUUAAGCGGAUGAAGCCUAACACCUUUAAUCUUCAAAAUCGUGGAACAAUUGGUAAAUCUGUUGGAAAACUUCGUGUAAAUGAUGCAAUGUCUGACUUCAUAGUUUGCCAUGCGCAUGACCAUGUGCUGUAUUUUAGUGAUAGGGGAAUAGUGUACUCAGCUCGUGCAUAUAAAAUUCCAGAAAGUAGCCGGACUGCUGCUGGGGCACCUUUGGUCCAGAUCAUAUCUUUAUCUGAAGGCGAGAGAAUAACAUCGAUUAUUUCUGUAAGUGAGUUUGCUAAAGACCAGUUUCUAGCGAUGCUUACAGUGAAUGGCUACAUCAAGAAAGUAUCUCUGAAUUACUUUUCAGCAAUUCGGUCAACCGGAAUCAUAGCCAUUCAAUUGGUUCCUGGUGAUGAGCUAAAGUGGGUUCGUCGAUGCACAAAUGAUGACCUUGUAGCCAUGGCUUCACAAAAUGGAAUGGUCAUUUUAAGUUCCUGUGACAUUAUCCGAGCACUAAGCAGAAAUACCAGAGGAGCUAUUGCCAUGAGACUGAAAGAAGGAGAUAAGAUGGCAAGCAUGGACAUCAUACCUGCACCACAGCAUAAAGAUUUGGAUAAGGCAGCAGAGGAUUCCGUGAACAGCGAUAAGAGCGGCAGUGGUCCAUGGCUGUUGUUUGUCUCUGAGAAUGGCUAUGGCAAGCGGGUUCCCUUGAGUAGCUUCAGACAAUUGCCUUUGAACAGAGUUGGUUUAAUAGGUUACAAGUUUUCUUCAGAAGAUCACUUGGCAGCAGUCUUUGUGGUUGGUUUUUCAUUGGCAGAAGAUGGUGAAAGUGAUGAGCAAGUGGUUCUGGUCAGCCAAAGUGGUACUGUCAAUAGAAUUAAAGUUCGGGAUAUCUCGAUACAGUCUCGCUAUGCAAGAGGCGUUAUUCUGAUGCGACUAGAGUAUGCCGGAAAGAUUCAAUCAGCAUCGCUAAUCUCAGCCUCCGCAGACGAGGCAGCGGAGUUGCUACAGGAUGAGUCAGCAACUAAUGCUGGAGCAGCUUAGGACACAUCUGUGGCUUCAUAGAAUCAUAAAAACGGUUUGGCCGAUGUUCUCAAAUUUGUAUCUUUUGUAUUGAAUAGAUGUAGCAAAAUUAAAUUAUCUUUUAAUAGCAGUAGGCCUUUUUCUUGGCUUAUUUUUAAAAUCAAAUUUUUUUGGCUUCACUGUUAUGUUUGUCAUAUUAAGUUUUAAAAGCAGAAGUGACAGGUUUCUGAUGAUUGAUGACAUUAAGACAAAAAAAGGUUUAGAGUAACAAAGGAGAUAAAUUAUUA